AUGUUUACUAGAUAGGAUAAAAUCUUUCUGAUCCUGGCAAGAGCAGAAUUCAUAAUCAAAAUGUUGGGGCAUAUGCUCAUUGCACUGGUCAACUGCUCUGGGUGGGUCAAGAACCAUGUCUCCUCAGCUGACUUCAUCCUCACCUGCUUGGCCAUCUUCAGAAUCAGUCAGCUGUUGUUGUCACUGCUUGAGUCAUGCAUAUUGGGACUAGAUUCAUAGUUAUAUAACCCUUAAAUACUAGGAAAACCUAUCAGUAUGCUUUCGAGUAUAAUUAAUCACUUGACUGCCUGGCUUGCCACCUGCAGGGUUUUCUAUUUCUUUAAGAGAAUCCACUUCUCCCACCCCCUUUUCGUCUGACUGAGAUGGAGAAUCAACAGAGUGAUUGUUGUGCUUCUUAUUUCUUCUUUGUUCUUAAUGAUUUUCGAUUUCCUAUUGCUAGAAAUGUUUGCUGAUCCUUGGUUGAAUACCUCUAUGAUAGAUAAAAGUAAUCUGACUUCAUAUAUUGAUGAAAGUCAAACUGUCUAUAUUAAAAACCUGGCUUUGCUUAGCUUGACCUAUUUUAUCCCCCUGGUUCUUUCCCUGACCUCACUGGUCCUUUUAUUCUUGUCCUUGGUGAGACACACUAGAAAUUAGGAGCUCAGCUCCCUGGAGUCUUGAGACACCAGCGCAGAGGCCCACAAGAGGACCAUGGCAAUGGUGGUGUCUUUCCUCUUCCUCUUCAUAGUUCAUUUUUUCCCUGCACGAGUGGCUAAUUGGAUGUAUUCUAUGUUUUGGAACAAUAAGUAUGCAAAGUUUGUCAUGAUAGCAAUACAUGUCUCUUCAGGCCACUCAUUUAUUCUGAUUCUGGGAAACAAGCUGGGACAAACAACCUUGAGGGUAUUGUGACAUCUUAAGAGCCACCUGAAAAGGUCAAAUCUUUACCUUUCUAGAUAG